UUACUUUUCCGGAAGUACGUGGCUCAGCGAAAACAUGGCGCCCAGGGUUGUGCAUAUAUCUCUUACACUCAUUGAUUCAACUCAUUAUUUUAACGUUUUAUGGUGGUCUGUUUACGUCGCUUUUGCUGUAUUUGAAACAGUACACACUGACAAUGUGUUCGGUGCAAGCCCCACGUCUACUGUACAAGUCGCUGCGGCUAGGGACCUGCGGUACCUUUUGUAUGACGUGAACCCCCCAGAGGGUUUCAACUUGCGGAGAGAUGUCUAUAUCCGCAUGGCCUCCCUGGUUAAAACUCUGAGAAAGGAUGGGGAUGACUGGGUCCUUGUGCUUCCUCCAUGGGGUCGCCUGUAUCACUGGCAGAGCCCCAACAUCCAUCAGACCCGAAUUCAGUGGGGAGAGUUUUUUUGCCUCACUAGCUUGCAGGCCAAUGUACCUGUCAUUGAGUAUGAGGAGUUCAUUGCUGAGAAUGGAGGCCCAUUCAUAGACCAGGUUCUAGUACUGCAAAACUAUGCUGAGGGAUGGACUGAUGGAAAAUGGGAGGAAAAGGUUGAUGUGAGGCCAUGCAUUGAGAAGCUGAUGUAUUCCAAAGAUAAGCAGGGCUAUUACAGGGGCUGGUUUUGGGGCUACGAGGAAACAAGAGCUCGAAAUGUGACAUGCAUAUCGGCACAAGGCCAUGCCUCUAUCAUGGCCCCAGUUCUUCAGAAAAACAUCACAGUGAUAUCAGUAAUGCUUGACCGAGCAGAGACGCUACUCCAUGAUCACUAUGCUGGGAAGGAUUACUGGGAUACCCGCCGCAGCAUGGUUUUUGCCAAGCACCUGCGACUCAUUGCAGAUGAUUUCAGAGCAAAGUAUCUGAACUCCACAGAUGAUAGAGACCACACACUAUACAGUGAGGACUGGACUCGCAUGAAAGCCAAGCUGGGCUCAGCUAAAGGUGGUUCAUAUCUGGGGGUCCACCUGCGUAGAAAGGACUUUAUCUGGGGUCACAGAGAGGAUGUACCCGGCCUUAAGGGGGCAGUCAAAAAAAUGCGCAGCUUGAUGAAGAAGCACAAACUUGACAAAGUGUUUGUUGCAACUGAUGCAGAUGAAGAAGAGUUGACAGAGCUGAAAAAGUUGUUGCCAGACAUGGUGCGGUUUGAACCAUCCAUAGAGGACCUGGAGCUCCUUAAAGAUGGGGGAGUGGCCAUUAUUGACCAGUGGAUAUGUGCUCAUGCGAGAUUCUUCAUAGGAACAUCAGUGUCCACCUUCUCUUUCCGGAUCCAUGAAGAGAGGGAGAUCUUGGGGUUUGAUCCCAAAACUACAUACAAUCGUUUCUGUGGGGACAAUGAGAAAGAAUGUGAACAGCCUACACACUGGAAGAUUGUUUACUAAUGUGACCUCUAACCUUCCUGACACACACAAGUGCCCAAAAGCAGUGUUAAAAGUGACAUUUAUUUGUAUGGAAUAUAAUAGGAUGAUAUUUUAAUAGUUUGAUGGUUUCAGAGUUGUACAAUGACUGAACCUUAAGCUCAAAAGGCCCAGACUGGGCUGCCAAAUGUGUACUGUAUUACUGUAAUAUUCAACAAGCCAAUCUGCAUAUGGUUUUUAGGUUGUACAUGUUGCUUAUGACAGCUUGGAAUUUGACAUACUUUCAAAUACUCAUUGCUGACACUAGCACAUCUGGUGAGAAGAUGAGAUAUACUUUUCUUGUUCCCUUAGAGAAAUUGUUCUUGGUCUUAGUGUUUGUUGUACUUUACACAUGUCAUAUAAAUGGCAUAUGGUCAUGUACUUACAUACAAAUGCUAUACAUGCAUUCAAGUGUCUUUAGGAGAAUCAGCUACAGGCAGAUAAACAUAAACCAUCAUUGCACAGUUCCAGGCAACACAGAAGCAGGAAAAAAGCACCCUUCAGUUAUGCCUUGUUUAGAAUUUUAAUGUAAAGAUGCACAAAAUGAUUCAUCACUUUGGUACUCCAUAUUGUCUGUCUAAAGGCAGGAGUUCAUACUCGGAGUGGAGGACAUGGGAAGGGUCAGAUAGUAUUCUCUGUGCACCUCUAAGCGCAGACUGCUCAUAUAUAAAUUGAAGGGACUGAUGUUCUUUUAUCCCAGUAACUUUGAUGGCACUCUGAAUAAGACAUACUUAAAGAAACCCUUCAAGCCCGAUAAUGCAAGUACAUCUUUUUUUUUUUUGUAUUUAUUUAUUUUUAUCAACACCUUCUUAUAAAGUACAAUCUUUGCUUAAGCCUUGAGCACUGGUUGUCAGCAUGAGCUAACCAGGUGAACCUGUUAUAUAUGCCAAUGUACUUGCCAAAACGUGCUGCCAUGAUUGCAGUGAGUGUUGACAAUGUGGAGUAUUCUCAGUUUAGCAUUUCAAGAUAUUGAAAUUCUGAGGCUCAUUUUGUUGAUAUUGAGCAUCUUAACUUUGUUAUAUUUAUAAGGAUAUAGACUUUUUAAUUUUUCAAAAAUGACUGCAUAUGUAUAAAGUUGAUUUCAGAGACCAUGAACAUAGCACACAGUGCACAGUACUUCAAAGCAUUUUCGAUUAAUUAUGCCUGGCCUUUUGUUAGAACAUUGUGCUCUUUCCUGGAAUUUUCCUACUGCUACUGACUGAUCAGAUCAGUGGAAUACCAACUGGUGAUCAGUGGUGGUAUAAAGUGUAUUGUAUCACCAUGCUUUAAUACAUGUGUCCUUUGUCUUUGCACAAGGCACAAAUUUAAAGAGAAUAAACUGACAAAAACACUGUUUCACAGCACUAAUGAUGGGCAAAAACUCCACAAGUCCAGACAGACUGUUAACAUGAGCUGCAUUUCCUAUCUGCUGUCGCUGUAUUUCACUGUUCACUGUUUGAAUAAUGUUCGGUUUUUAUGAAGUGCUUGUAUUACCAAUCCUUACAUGGGACUGCAUUACAGUAUUACUGCUGCUGAAAAGUAGGAAGUAUGACAUGCUUGAAUUUUGGUAAUGCUGAAUUCCUUCCACCUUUUCUUUUUAAUAUACAGAUUAUAUUUGGCAUAUAUCAGUGUUCUUACCAGUGAUACCACCACUGUGUCGUGUCAACACUGGGACACUAUCAAACUGUUAUCUUAUAACAUGCAUGUUUUCCUUUCCUAAUGAUGCAUACAUUCUGAUCUUUAUGGGUAUUGUCUCAUGACCUGGUUUGUACAGCAGGUGCAUGAUUUUAGUAAUAAAUAAAACACAGUUUAAGUAGAGUUUUAAUGUGACAUUAUAGAUGAGAUAAAGUUAAAUACCAACAAGGUUACUGUUUAUAUUUUUGUUGGGAGUGCCUUUCACUAUCACUACUUUCACCACUUCAUCUUGAUCAGACAAAUCUACAGAAAUGUGAAAAUUCUGUAAAUUAUAUUAUGUGAUAGUUAUAUGAUUAUAUCUGGGUUGGCCCUAUUUAAUCAAAAAUACAAGUUUGCAGAGCCAUUUUGGGAAUCAGUGCUUGUCUCAGGAUCAGCCUCGCCAACUAGGUGAAGUUCUGAGGAACUGCCUGCUGUGCCAGUGGUUCACACUACAUUGCAUUUGUGCUUGGCUUUAACUCUAUAGUUCUCUUAUGUACCACUGUUAUGUUGGAAAACCGGUAUCACUUCUCUGAUGGAAUUUUAAUGUUUCCUCUUUAGCCAUACAGUAGUGUCAUAUGUCAUGUUUGUCCUGCUUUGGCCCAACCCUGAGUCUUUAUGCUGCUCAUUGUUCCG